AUGGCGCCGGGAAGGGUGCCACUGUCGCCGCCACUGCCGUCGUGUGGGGCUGUCGCCGUUGUGCUUCAUCGCUGCCGUCGCUCGCUAGGGCUCGUCACCAUCGUCGUAGCCAUCGCCGUCGCACGCAGAGGGGAGAGAGAAGGGAAGAUCCGCGAUUGGCCAAGAGAGAGGGGGGAGUCGAAGGACGCGUUGGUGGGUGUUCUCCUCGCCGCCGCCGUGAAGAUGAACCGAGUGGCAAACAUAUUAUUCCUUGAUUCUCCUGCUGGUGUCGGGUUUUCGUACUCGAAUAAGACGACAGAUCUAUACACAUUUGGUGAUCAGAGAACAGCUGGAGAUGCAUAUACAUUUCUUGUUAAGUGGUCUGAAAGAUUUCUUUUAAUACAUUAUCAAACCACUGGCCCAGAGAUAUGGAAAGGUUCGGAAGAAAAAGUCGACAUGCUUGUAUGCGGGAUAGGUAGUGGUGGUACCAUCACUGGUGCAGGAAAAUAUCUGAAAGAGCAUAAUUCUAACUUAAAAUUGAUUAGUGUGGAACCAGCUGAAAGUUCAGUGCUCUUAGGAGGAAAACCUGGUCCAUACAAGAUUCAGGGGAUUGGUGCAGGCUUUGUCCCCAGUGUAUUAGAAGUCAAUCUUCUCGAUGAAAUCAUUCAAAUAUUAAGUGAAGAAGCUAUAGAAACUGCAAAGCAACUUAUGCUUAAAGAAGACCUGUUUAUAAGUUCUCCAAUGUGCACAAAAUUGAUGCCAACAUGCUAG